UUAAUCAUUUUUAAUUCAAUCUCGAGGCUUAAAUGAUAUAGCCAUUUUGCUGAGAACCCAGGUUUAUUGUUAACCUCGCCUGUAUCGAGAUGUUAGUCAGACUUCCAUAGCUGGAUCUUUGUUUUGUCCAACACAAAUAACUGCAUACGAUCUGCCCUGGCUUGUUGGUUUCUCAACUAGUUCUCACAAACAAACAAAAGCUUAAUUUCUGUUUGUAUUCCACUUUGCAUGAAAUGUAUAGCCUCAUUUUAGCUCUUAAUAUGGAACACUUUCUGAAGUCAUUUUUGGAUUAUUCACAUGUUACACUGUAACAUUAUUGGCAUAACUGCUUGUUUGGAUGACCUUGGAUUUAUGGGUGUAUAUAUAUGCAAAUUAGAUAUAUGCAGACAGGAUCAUGAUUUAUUGUUCAUAUACUUCUCUUUGUUAGGCUUUUAAGAACAUUGAAAACACACAAUUAUUUCCCCUGUUCUUUAAGUUGCUCUGAUCUUCUCCAAUGUAUACCCUUUUCUAUUUCUAGGGGAUCGGGAUUUCUGCUGUCAGGAUUGUGGAGAAGAUUUUCAGGAGGAAGGAGCCUACUUGGACCAUCUCCAUCAACACUCUGUUGCGAAAGGCGGUGGACAAAAAAAUAGCUCAUUAGUUCAAUCAAAUGACCUUGACUCCCAUGUGUUAAAGCGGCAUGGACUAUCUCCCCAAAUAGAUAUGGUCAAACAAAAAACUUCCUUGAUGACAAAACAGCAUGUUUAUGAAUGCUCUGACUGUGGAAAAUCCUAUGGGGUAAUUGGCCACUUUCUCAAUCAUCAACGCUCACACAAGCAAGCUCCUAAAUCAGUUUUUCAUGAACUUGAGCAACUGAAGAAGAAGUCGUUUCAGUGUGAAACGUGUGGGCGUAGUUAUUCACGUGCAUCAGCACUUGAUGCUCAUCGCCGCUGUCAUGAAGGAAACCUAGUAAGGUCACGGAACCAGGCCAUAGUCGAUGUUUUUCAGAAUGAAGAACAGGUUGUGGAAAAUGAACACACUGAAACCCAUGCCAUUGAGCCACUUGAAAACCUUUUUAAAUGUUCAUGUGGUAAAGCCUUCCCUGCCCUAUCACGCCUGAAAACACACCAACGAUUUAGUCGAAACACUCAAUGUUCGCCAGAACAGCUUAAAGAGGUUAAAGAUGUCAAAGAUAAACCAAAGAAACUCUUUCACUGCAGUGAGUGUAAAAAGGAUUUUAACAGACAUAUUGCCCUGGUCCAACAUCAGCGCUGGCAUGCUAAUUCAGCUGAAGCUGCAAAAAAGUUUCCAUGUGAAGAGUGUGGAAAGGUUUUCAUGACAUUAACAUUCUACUUCAAGCACCAGCGUUUGGUACAUAGUGGCGAGACUCCCGCAAAAUCAUUCCUCCAUCAAGUAUGCCAGCUACAAAAGAAGGGUUUUGAAUGCAAGGACUGUGGGUUGAAGUUCUCCCGGGCCUCAGCACUUCAGUCCCAUCAGCUUCAACACACCGAUGUCUACAAAGACACAGAGAAGGAAACCCAAAAGCCCUCUACUUCACUACCUCAACAUACCAUCAUAGAAAGCAAACCAGAAGAAACCAACCAAUUGGCAGCCAUGGAUGUUGACUUGACUGGCAAGUUGGACAAAGGUAUUGAUUCAACCCAACACUUGGACGGAGAGGUUGAUCUGCAGGACAGUUUUCAAAACUCUUUGACUGAAGUCUCCUAUGUUAUUGAGAGUGAUGAAGAUGCAGAGGGUUAUGAAACCGGGGAUUUUAAUGUUGAGGUGAUCAGCGAUAGUGAAUCUGAGGAGGAUCCUUCCCGCAACUUAAAUCCUGACCUUGAGUUGCUGUGUGAAUCAGAUCAGGAGAUCAAAGAGGAGUUGGAAGCUGAGGUUGAAGUUUCACCUACAAGUCUGGUUUUAAAGCCAGGGAUGGAUCUAAAAAUUGUACAAAUAGACUUUGAGCAUAUGGAGCAACCCAGCACCCCAGAAAUCUUUGAUAUGGAUAAAAGUGCAUCAGAAAAAUUUGAAUGCCCAGAGUGUCCGCGGUGGUUUUCUAGUGCUUCGUCCUUGAGGGUUCACAAAAUGUGGCAUGGAGUUCAUAGGAAACGGAGAUGGACAGUAGGCCAGCAUGAAACUAUUAGUAAGGUGAAACGCAACGAGCACUUGCAAAAGCACAAGGAUGAAAAACCUUUCAAAAGUGUCCCGGACCAGGCUGAUGGACUAGAAAAGAAAAGCUUAUUUUGCAAAGAUUGUGGGAAGUGGUUCAAACGCAUGUCUUCCUUCAUCUCUCAUCAACAGAAUCAUCCUAAAAGAAAACCCUACCCAUGUCUAGAUUGUAACCUAUCCUAUGCACAUGCAAGUGGCCUCUAUAACCACAGGAAGAAUUGCCAAGCUCAGAAUAAAGAAAUGGACCAUGCUUCAUUGAAUGAAAAAGUGUUCAAUCCAAAGAAAACACUUUUAGGCCCAAAGAUUUAUCAUUGUGGGCAAUGUGGUAAGGGUUUCUGGUCUUCAGGAGCGUACUCCCACCACAAGCAGAGUCCAGAGCUCUGCUUAGAUUUAAGGCCGGGAAAGAGCCCUUCAUCUUGGAAAUCAGUUCUAGGACGGCCCCGCUCUAUCCGAAAGGUAGCAUGUCCUGUCUGUGGUAGAAAGUUCCGUCACAAUGGCAUUAUGAAAUCCCACAUGCGGAAACAUGAAGAUGGGAAUCAUAAAUGUGACUUGUGUAGCAGGUCCUUCCGUCUUUUCUCAAGCCUCCUCAGACAUCAGGUUGUCCAUACUGCUCACUUAAUUCCUCCCCCUAUUAAGUCCUUCCAGCAUCAGGUUGAACAGGUGAAAAAGAAUACAUACAGCUGCCCCGACUGCGGGAAACUGUUUUCACGUGCCAAGGCCCUUCAGUUUCAUAUGAGAAGUCAUGGAUAUGACACUGGGUACUCACCAUCUUCACCAAAGUCCACUGUGACAAUUGAGGCUCUUCAGUGCCCUACAUGCCUUGCACAUUUUAACAACAAGUCCUCCUUACGAGCUCAUCAAAAAUUAUGUAUCAAAAGAGACCCUCAAGAAGUUGAUGUUAUAAGCACAUCAGAAAAUAUGUUGAAGUGCACCAGCUGCCCUGCUACUUUUAAGAGUGCUGUGACUUUCCAGGACCAUAUUAGGGAAUGCAGAAAGAUAACUACAAUUGGCGAUGCAGAAGUCAAAAGAAAGGGAGUUAAGGAGGAAGUAACUAAUUCUUCAAAAAAAGAGGUGAGCUUAGAUGAGAAAAAGUUAGGAAUCCGUGUGGCCUCAUCAAAAGUGAACCACUCUGGUCCAUCUGAUUUGAAAUACAAAUGUAAGGAAUGUGAAAGAAGCUUUUCAGUGGUCGGAGCGCUGAAUUUCCACAAAAGAAUUCACCUCCAAGGUCACAAGUCAAAUGCAAAAACGUCUUUGCCUCUUUUGCCUCUAUCAAUAACACCCAAAAAACAGGAAGAGCAAAUUAAAAGGCCAUUUUACUGUUCAGAGUGUGGACGGCGAUUCUCUUCAAAUUCAGCUCUUGGUACUCAUAAAAGAUGGCACACGGAUAAGAAAUUUGCAGGCUCUCUACAAAAAGAUGAUAAACCGGACAUUGUUUCAAACCGGAAGAUAGACGAAGGACCUUAUCACUGCACCAAAUGUGGCAAGAGCUUUUUCUACCUGUGUGUCCUCCGACGCCACCAGUUAUAUUACCCCCCCUGCCAGACCAAAAGUGAGCCACUGAUUGAUUCAAACAUAAAUUUAGACGGCAACAGCAAAAAGUCGGAGCCUACAUUUUCAUGUCCGCAAUGUAAUAUGUCAUUUGUACGUGGUUCACUUUUAGCUGCCCACUAUGAACAUCAGCAUAGCAAGAAGGAUCCACAUAGCAAAACGCCCUGUGACCCUGAACAAGAAAAAUCCAAAAAGAAAUCAGCGGCCAAAGUUGGCAAACCCCUUGAUGCCCCUUCCUCAGUCCUCAAAUCUAAGCUUCACCAGUGUCCUCAUUGCAGCAUGAACUUUACAAAGGCCAGAGGCCUUCGUGCACAUAAAUGGCAGGCCCAUUCUCAGAGCAAAAAAUCAAGCGUUGGCAUUAAGCUAAGUAAUGAAUCUAUUUCCUCGAGCUGUAAGCCUUUAAAAAAGGGAGAUAUUUCUCUGUUAAAAGUAAGUCAUCCAGUUACAAGUAAACCUACAGUUUCACAGAAAAAGGCCACUGCUGGAAGAAGAAGGAAAAAGGGUAGAUCUGGCCUCCCAGCUUUCAAAUCCAUACCUUGUCUUGACUGUGGAAAGAGAUACAGCUCUGCUGGAGCUCUUUACAAUCAUAAGAAAGUGUGCCUGGAGUUUAAGAAGGAAUUAAAGGUGCCCAAGCAAGAAAUCCUGUUUCCUGAACCUGUGGCAGAACUUCCUGCAGCACUGGGUCGUCCAUCUGAGUAUACAGUGAAAUGCCUUUUCAAGUGUGAUAAGUGUGGAAAAGCUUUUCAGACAGAAGAACAGUUGGUAGCUCAUAAGAUGAAGGCAAAAAGUCGGCCAUAUUGUUGUGCUCUCUGUUGCCAUAGUUAUUGGACUGAGACCCAACUGCAACAACACCUUGCUUGGCAUGAUGAGAUUCGCCGACGUCUCCCAAUCGAGCUUCGUUAUAGACUGAGCACCGCUAUGACCUCCAGACCUUCAAAACCUAUUUUCCAAUCUGCUGGCAAGAAAGACCACUCUCAGUCUUUGAUUCAGAACUCGGCCAGUUGGUCACAAACUAGCCACAAAUGCCAACAUUGUGGUAAAUCCUUUCUUUCACCAUCGGCGUUACAGAGACAUGAAGCUCAACAUGGUGGCAAUGGCUUGUUUCAUUGCUCUUUUUGUCCAAGGACUUUCAGUGACAUUCAGGACCUCAUCGAUCAUCACCAGGAAUGUAUGGUUGAUGGCAAAAUGCAGAGAGAUGACCCAGCUGCUGUUUUAUCAGGAGAUACAAAUGGCCUUACUUGUUUUGAAUGUGGAACUUCUUUUGCAGAAGAAGUCGAGUUGCAUCAGCACUACAUUGAGCAUGCCCAUGGAGCACAUUAGACACACUUUACUGAUAGGGAUUUAUGUAAAAUUGCAUUUGAUUGUAAAGGUAUGCCUGUAUAUACUAUUGGUAAGCUAAAGUUAGCCCUCAGAUGACCCUUGUUAAGGUAAUCAAACUGCAAAUAAUUUGUCUAAUUUUUUUCUUCAUUUUACUUGAUACUUUUAAAAUGUCUAAGAAUGAAUAGUUAGCUUUUCCUUCUUAAAUUCUCAGGCUGUUCUUCACACUGGACUGAAAACAAAACAUGAAAAUUUAAAUGUAUUUUUUUUCUUUUCUUUUUUUUCGUUCUAAGUUUGAACUAAAAGCAUACAUUUGUUUUAGACGGGUUGACAUUUAAGGGAUUAUGUAAUUUGUCAUUUUGGGAAGUGCGAUUUACAUGCCUAAAAAUGUAUGUUCAUCCAUUGGAUUUGAUUAAAUAUGCAUGAAUAUUGAAGGCACCCAUUAAUGCAUGUUUCUGAUUUCCAAACUCCCCAGAAAGUGUAAAGCCAAGUUUGAAAAGUUCUUAUUUCAAUGCUUGAAAAAGAUUUUUGCACUUAUUCGACUUUAAAUAUGCACAAGAGAAAACGGUAAUUUAAAAUAACCUUAAAUCCAAUUAUAAUUGUUUACAUUUAUUAUAGUGAUUGAAGAAUAUUGUUAACAGUACGAAUGGAAAAAGUCGUUAUUUUAUUUCUUCGUUCUCACAAUUCUUAAUACAGACUAAAUUCGCUCUAUGUCCUCUGCUGUACAGUGUAUUUACAAGAUUUCUGACAUAAAAGCUGUACCUUUUCAAUGUAAUGUGUUGCGAUACAAUGAUAGGCUAACUAAUUAGAAUAAUUGUAUUAAUUGCGGAUAGUUUUCAGUGUUGUACCAUUGCUUUAGUGAAAAAUAUAGUAUUAAUUAAUAUAGGAGCACAAUUCUGUUAUUUUUUUCUUCCCCAAAAGAUCAAACGUGUGGCUUUUCAUUCCUCCUUUUCAACUUAAGGAAAAAAUAAAGAAAAUAGUGAAUAAUAAAUCUAAGAUUUAUUUAACUGAAAUUGUUGUCUCCUUUUUGCAGACAUUUGGUGUCAUGCAGCAAGUACUAAAAGAAAUAUAAUUUAAUUGCUGAGGUUUGAUUUUUGUGUCUGAGCCAUGUAAAGGAUAAGUCUAAAAAUAAAUAAUGUACGAGAGAUGGGGUAUUUCUUGGAUAGUAAUGAAGCGUAUUUCAUGUCCUUUUAAAACAGAUUUAUUUAUUCGACUAGCAUUUGAUUUAUUUAUAUAUGUAGGCCUAUAUAUUUAAUGUAUACAUACCUCACCGAGUGAGUAUAUAGGCCUUUAUAUCAAAGCGAGUGAGUGUUUACAAUUUGUCAUGCUAUUUUAACAGAGAAAAACGUUGUUAUAAACGUAUAAAUACUUAUGAACUUGUAGGUGAAUACUUAUGAAAUAAGUAUAUGUUUAUAAAAACGUUCUGUGUGUAACACAAUUAAGCAAGCGUGGGAACUAGUUAUUCCCACGUUUCAUAACCUUGCUAAUAUAUGUUAGUAGAAUGCGAUGGGCCAAUAUGAGUUUGACAAUGCGUCGCACAUGAAUCAUUGCAUUUAAACAGCUUUUAGGAAACAGGUUCAAACAAAGCCUACGUUUGAGGUCUAGUCAAUGUAGCCAAAAUAAGUUGUAAGUAGGCCUAUAGGCCUAGAUGUAGGGCGUUUUAUAGGGUGGUCAGGUGUUGUUGGUUUUCGGUUGUGGUAUAUAGAUUACUAGGUAAAUAGAUAGAUAUAGAUGCAGAGAAAUAGCGAUAGAUAUGUAUUUUAGAUAGUU